UUACUUGUGGCUAUAUCAAUUGCCCUUAUAUUAACAGCACCAGGAGUGUGUUUUACGCGCUAUAUCAAUGAUAUACAGGCAAGUGAUGAGCUAUGCCCCAAUGAAUACCUAUUUCCAAUGAGCAUCGAUAGAUGGAGAAAUGGUGCACAUCUUCAACAUCGAGGACAAAAUGUUUGGGGCCAACUUGCAAUUGUAAUAAUCGCCUUUCUUUUUGCACUACCACCUCUUGGAUGCAGUUGUUUUCAAAUUACUACAGGAAAUUCACUCACAUUGCCUCAAAUUUUCAUAUCGGGAAUAUCGGCAUGCAUUUAUUUGAUAUUAGGAGGUGUUGAAACAUGGUAUGCGACUGGAUUUAAUCAUAUGUCAAUUUUAAUAAGACAUAUUGCUAAUGGCCAAUUCAGUGGUUGCCUCGGUGUUCCAACCUGUUCCAUCGUAUUCGUUGUUAAAGGAUGGGCAGUUGCAGCGGCUUUUCUUUUUCUUUGUGCAGUUCUGUUCGUCAUCGAUGCCGCUUUACAGGUUAUUAAACGAGACAAGUGA